AUGACUUCGAAACAGGACACCCCUAACACAGGGUAAGUUCAUUCUAGCUCUAUUCGCUUGUUUGUUAUUCUCAUUAGCUCUUAAACAUCGUUUCCAGGCAUCGGCAUUCGCUGACGAUUGAAACCAAUCCGCUGCACCUGCUUCCUUCCAACAUCCGCCGUUUCUCUCAGGUACCAAAUGCGCAAAAUGGCAAAAUAUUCAGAACAGGACGCACAAAAAAACACAAAUUUGCCAAGACAGUCGAGAAAAUCUCAGAAAUCCUUCAUUUUUUUUUCCAGAAAGGGCCGAGAAAGAAAAUUUUAGCAAUAUUAGAGACUGAUGGAAAAAAAAGAAAAACAGGAAAUCAUUUUCGAUUUGAGGACAGAAUCAAAUUCGUUUUUUUGAAAAGGCAUAACAAAACGCCGUACCAUACGUGGGCAACUGAAAAUGUCCGGGAGGAGAUUUGACUUACAGAAGUUUUGAAAAGUAAGGUGUAAGAGCAGUUUUUAACCUUAGAGAGGUAAUUUUGACAAAUUAAAAGUAGUUUCAAUUUAAAAAAAGGUAGUUGGACGCAAAAUUCGGUUUGCUCUAUUUAUCUUCGGUUUCGAAAAAAUUAUUUUGUUGGGCCAUGAUAACGUAUUUCGAACUCAACAUAUGUUGUAGAGAAUUUUCUUCUGAUUCGGGCAAGCCUAUGAAAACAGUGAGUACGUCCACGAAAAUCGAUCAAAAGAUACUGUCGUUUUUGGUUUUUUUUUCUAAAAUUCAUUACUUUCCUAGUUUUAAAGCUGUUGCGAGAAAGUUUUCAGGUCAUAUAUAAAAAAAUAUGAACUUCGAGUUGAAAAAAACGAUUUCCGAAAAUCUUUCCACGUAAAUUUUCUCACGUGCUAUUUUUGCGCUGGCACGAUUUCGGCAGCUUUCAAUUUAUGUAUCCCAAAUUUUCGUCAAAAACUCAAAUAGGGACAAAAAAUUUCCCUUUUAUGAGACAAAAAGAAAAACGUUUACAGGCAGACACUGCACAUCAUCCCGCUGCCCCUCUUCUGUCCAAAUUCGCCAGGACACACGAAAAAAUCCCAGUAAUUUUUUUUUUAAGAAGGGCCGUGCAAUAUUAUUUUAGCAACAUUAAAGGUUACUUGGAACAAAAAAGAGCUCAUUUAUAAAUUUCGGACGAAAAUCUGUCGGCGGGGCGAGCUGACCCGCAAAGUUGAAAAUUAAAAAUAUAGAAAAUGGGUAGGGACUAGAGUCUGCAAUAAUGGUCUUUCGAGCAAUCUUUUGAAAAAAAUAUGAAAUUUUAAAAUUUCUAAAUAUAGAUCACGGCUAGCUUAGGACGCAAAAAGGCGUGGCCUGUCUGCACUCCGCCAACCAGGGACUGCCUCGUCUCUUUUCGUGGCAGGACCCUUUUCUCGAUGGCUCAAGCCAGCCGUGAAUCAGCGAUAAUGUGACCUAUCGUUUUAUUUUUGACAGAUCAAUAUGUCAUUUCUAAUGAGAGAUUAUUGGAAACAUAAUGUAUAAUUUUGAUCUUUCAAAAUGGUUGAAAGAUCAUCUUUGCAGACUUUAUUAUGAUUCUGGCGGAAUUGGCUAUGUUACCUAAUCCCGAUUCGUCUGUGUGUAACAUCAACUGGGAAUUUCUUUAGGAAUCUGGAGUAGCUGGGAGCAAGUCUGAAGACGACAAGAAGAAACAUGAGAAAGCUGUCUUGAAGAAAUAA